AUGAGGCCUGUGAUCCUUUCUAGGUGGUUGACCACCCUUUUGGCCUGCCUUCUCAUACAAAAUGUCCUCGCAAUUGACGUUAACCCUGAGGAUGAGACUUCCCUCAAAGAUGCCGCCAAGACCGUUGCCACCACCAUGAUGGAUUUCUACAAUGACCGCGACUCGAAAGAUAUUCCAGGGAAAUUGGACGGUACCUGGUGGGAGGGUGGUUCAAUGUUUAUGACCCUUAUCCAGUACUGGUAUCUAACAGGCGAUACCCAGUUCAACGACGCCAUCCAGGAAGGCAUGUAUUGGCAAAAGGGCAAAAACGACUUUUUUCCAAGCAACUACUCCCAAUAUCUGGGUAACGACGAUCAAGUGUUCUGGGGAUUGGCGGCGAUUACCGCCGGGGAAUUAAACUUCCCAGAAAGAGACGGUGAAGCCUCCUGGAUAUCUCUGGCGGAGGGUGUCUUUAAUGGACAGAUUCCUCGCUGGGAUAUGACUAGUUGCGGUGGGGGUUUGCGAUGGCAGAUCUGGCCUUACCAGGAUGGGUAUAAUAUGAAAAAUGCCAUAUCUAACGGCGGAUUGUUCCAGCUGUCAGCGCGUCUGGCACUAUAUACCAAGAACUCGACCUAUGCCGAAUGGGCCGAGAAGAUUUGGGACUGGAGCGCGUCUACACCGUUGUUGAGGAAGACCUGGGUUAUCGCCGAUACCACUACUAACGCCGCGAGUUGCAAGGAUCACGGUGAUCAUCAAUGGACUUAUAACUACGCUACGUAUAUCGCCGGUGCGGGCUAUAUGCACAAUUACGCAUGUCUAUCCCCUACCAAUGGCGCCGAAAGCAAAUGGCUCGAAGGCGUAACAGGACUGAUCAAGACAUCUGAUCAGUUUUUCCCCGCCUCCGGUGCGAAGCAAAUAAUAUCUGACAUCACCUGCGAGCCAAUCAAUAAGUGUGAUCGCAAUCAGAAGACCUUCAAGGCCUACUUCACUUCCUGGCUCGGAUUCAUGUCGUUGAUAGUACCAUCCAAUGUCACGGCGGAGAUGAUGGGGAAAUUCAAAAGCUCUGCUGUUGCUGCCGGUCAACAAUGCUCCGGUGGAAGCGAUGGGAAGCAUUGUGGAGUUCGAUGGACGAAGAAGACGGAAUGGGAUGGAACUUCGGGCUUGGAGCAGCAGAUGUCUGUUUUGGGUGUUCUUAAUGCUGUCAUGGUUCCAUUCAAGGCUCAGGGCCCUUACAAUGCUGACAAUGGUGGGACAUCCCAAAGUGACGCACUUGGGGGUACCAACACCGAGGGUAACUUGGAGCCUGAACCUAUCACCACAGGUGACAGGGUUGGCGCGGGAAUCUUGACUGCGAUCUUCGUUAUACUUUGGGUCGGGGCUAUAUCUUGGAUGAUUUUUGGAGACAAGUAG